AUGAAAUACGAAGAAGAUACUCAGAAGGAGCUGGACUAUACUUCUGGCCAAAGCUUUGAAAGAUUUGCGGCCCGACUGGAGGCUGCGAAAUCCACUCUAGAUUCGGCGCUCCUUGCUGAAAUAUUUAGCGAAUUAAUGCAGUCGAAAGGGUCCAAGAUUUCUAUCUACGACAAACUCAACAAGCAACAGCAAGACUUGCUUGAUAAUAACCACCGCACUCGAGACCUCCUCGUUGAUUUCAGAGCAUCCGAGGAAGCACAAGCCUAUGAAAAACUUCUGCUCGGUCUGAAAUAUGAACAUUUGAACAGCAGAAAGACCAGUAUACUGCAUCAACAUAAGAGCACAUUUGAAUGGAUAUUUCCAGACAAAAAAUCCGAAAGCAGCCCCGGAGUGGCCAAUUCUGGGGACAACACAGAUGGUGCCGUCUCAUCCAGCAGUAUGAGCACUGGUAGCACAAUAUCCAGCCAGAAAGUUAGAGACGAUGGUUUGGUUAGGUGGCUGCAAAAAGACCGGGAUUGUCUGGACUGUCAUGAGCAUGAUAUUCAGCAGAAAGUGAAAGAUGCUGGGUUUGUCAAGUGGCUGCAAGAGGACAGCCGUUGUCUGUACUGGGUAAAUGGUAAACCCGGAUCUGGCAAGAGUACAUUGAUGAAGUUCAUCGAGAAUGACGAACGGACCAAGAAAGCACUUCAAGUCUGGCAACCAAAAUGCAACAUUAUCUCACAUUUCCUGUGGAAGCCGGGGGCUGAAAAUCAGCGGAGCUUGAAAGGGAUGCUUUGUUCUCUGUUUUAUCAGGUCCUAAACGGCAUAGCCGAUUGGGAUGUGGAAGAUCUAAAACGGCUACUCUUUGAAGUCUUCCCUUGCUCUUCUUCUGCAUACUUUGUUCUUCUGGAUGGUCUGGAUGAACUUUCUCAAUCUGACGGAGGGCCAAGUAAGCUAUUUCCUCUCUUGGAGCGGUUGAAUGCAAUGGAACAAAUAAAGCUUUGUGUCUCCAGUCGCCCCGAGCGUCUGUUCUCUGACAAAUUCGAGUCUUUUCCUUCGCUACGCAUGCAGGAUUUAACGCAAGGAGACAUUUACAAAUACAGAACCGACUUUCUCGAAGAGCUUCAGCUUCGGCCUCAUGAUGAACUUCAUCAAAAAAUCUCCGAUAAAGUUACAUGGAAAGCAGAAGGCGUUUUCAUAUGGGUUUAUGUUGUUCUACAGAGUGUCAAACAUGGAAUCAAACAGUACAAUGAAGCAUGGGACGAUAUAUACGACCGCAUCACCAAACUGCUGCCAGAUCUCAUGAAGCUUUACAAGGACAUGUGGUCUAGAUUGAGUGAAAAGAAUGAGAAAUACAUCAAGAAAGCAGCACGGUAUUUUGAGUUUAUUGGUAGUUCCUUCAAUGGAGAAAGGAACGUCGCUAUGCUUGCCCUUAUAGCAGAUGAUAAUGUUUUGGAUGUUUUUAUCAGACCAAAUGAGUUUGCAUACGUUGAGAAUUUGGCGAAGAUGUGCAAAGACACUGCCAAAACACUGAUGCCAGUGUCUGGUGGACUUCUGGAGGUCGAUCCAGGUUAUUUCCCCUCACACGAAUACUGUGAAUCAGCAUCAGAGGAUGAACGAAAAAUCCUUCUGUGGGUAAGAAAGGAUGUGCAAUUCAUACACAGAACUGCCAAAGACUUUCUUGGUAGUGACGAAGGGAUCAACCUGUUUGAAAAAUACGGAUUGGGAUAUGACGCCUCCCUCUCGCUAUAUGUCAAAGCACAACUGGCUUUGUGUUCUGUUACCCGUUACGAACGUCAUCCUCUCUUUAACAUUUGGCAUACAUUCAUGCUGCAGAGCUACUCCCCAGGUCUUCCUCAAUCAGUUCAUAGAACUUUAUCCCUAAUUCAUCAAUGUGCCGCUAACGAACCUCGGGGACUGGUACGGCCGCCCUACUUGAUAAGCCACGAAAAUUUCUUCCUCUUUGAGGCAUCCCAUUAUGGCUUCUAUGAAUAUGUUGCAGAAUUUCUAGAAUCCGGUGGAGGUUACAACCUCACUGCUUCAAUUUACGUUUUGAUCGGUGCAUGUGACUUGCAUCAUGUUGUUGAAGACCGCUCUUCUUCAUGUACACGCUAUCUGGCCAUCAAGGACGUCUUGCAAAGGCACUGUCAAUUAGCCCCAAAAGGCCCAAUGGCUUCUGGAAUUUGGAGUGCAUCUGAGGGCAUCAUGCUCGCUUGGCGUUGCUUUCUCCUUCAUGAGGUGUCUGGGAACUUCAAACACCAAUUUGUGGGGGUUGACGGAAAGAUUGUAGAAGAUAUCUUGGAGAUGUUCAUCAAAUGUGGUGUCAUUUUGAUGUCACCAAGAUCGAAGUAUCUGAUAGCGGUACAAUGUAGCAAACUGAGAACCGUGAAAAGUGCCAGUGUUCAGGGAACUGACCUCGGACUCGGAUAUGAAUGCUCCCGCUGCCCACAUUUAAAUCUAGUGGAUCCCACAAUAUAUAUCGAGGUCAAUGACGAAUUUCUGCUUGCAGAACUCUCAAAAAAGAUUUCUGGAGCAUCGGAGCUCGUUUUAGCGGAGGCAAAGAAUUCAUCCAUGCGCCCUAUCCUGGCUGACGAUGGCACGAAUUUUGGGGACCGCCCUGGAGCCCAUACAGCCACAUUCUUCCACAUAAAAGUUCCUGAAGACGAUCAGGAAUUAUUCAAGGACUGGAUAUUCAAGACGGACUUGAAAUUUGAACAAAAGAUUUUCCCUGAUGAACAACCUAGCUUUUUGCAAGCAGUCGAUCUAGGAGGGUUUGAAAAGGCCCUCCAGGCUCUAGAGAAGAUCGGCUACGAUUUGCCAGAAGUGAACAAGGGUUAUGACUGUCUACACACAUGGCUUUAG